AUGACCUCAACCCUGUUUUUUUCCUUCCUUCUCUGGUGGUUGAGGAUGGACGGACAAUGAAUCUGGUCUCUUCCUUGCUUUGGGCUCAGCUGGCCAGUGACUGUGAUGCAUUGUGCUCUCUGGGGAUGGUUGCCCAGUUCGUGUUGCACGGAUCCCAGCCUCCCUGACAUUGCCAACCCCUUUUCUCUCUGCUCCAUCAUCUCAGCAAGCGGAAAAGCAGCUUCCUCAAGUGAUGCUGACCCUUGGUAUUGUCACCCAGUAUAUGCAAGAUAUUGGCAGCAUUAUCAUCAAGCAAUGGCUUGGUUGCAAAACCACCACCAUGCCUACAGAAAGGCCAUGGAAUCCUAUUUCAACUCUUUGUGGUACUUCUCCUCUGUAGUUUUCCCCCAAAACUACUAUGCUGAUCAAGGUGGGUAUCCUGAGCCCUUCUACAAACAGCAUCCAGACCCCCGAGACGCCUCCCAGAUGUUUCAGCAUUCUGAAGGGUCUGGACAGCUUUCGCCUGACAACCGUUGGAACCAGGCAUCCGCCAAAAAGGGGAAGACUUGGUCAUCAGAAGAGCAAACUGAAAGUGAGUCUGAUGGGGAAAUCCUUUGUGAUGUGAGCAACAUGGAGAUCACUGAGGAGUUACGUCAGUAUUUUGCGGAGACAGAGAAGCACAGAGAAGAACGCCGGCGACAGCAGCAGCUGGACGCUGAGCGCCUGCGCGAGUAUGUGAACGCGGAUCACGACCUGUACUACAACGUGCACCGCACGGUGGAGCCACCAACCGAGAGGCCUGGGGAGAGACGGCAGGCUGAGAUGAAGAAGCUCUAUGGGGACAGCGCCGCCAAGAUCAUGGCCAUGGAGGCCUCAAUACAGCUGAACUUCAACAAGCAUUGUGACCGCAAGCAGCCCAAGUACUGGCCAGUCAUCCCCCUGAAGUUCUGA